UAAAAAGAAACGCGUCUGAUGGAUUAAUCGAAGUGGUCAACAUUAUCGAGUGAAAAAGCAUAAACUGUAAUGGCUCCGACUGUCCAGAACGGUGCCAAUAGUGCCGAUAAACGGCCGGUUCGUCAGCAAGAGCGCAGAUCGGAGCUGAUUUCCCGUGUGAAGUACUGCAACACACUCCCGGAUAUUCCGUUCGAUCUCAAGUUUAUCACUUAUCCCUUCGAAAACGAUCGUUUUAUCCAGUACAAUCCGACCUCGUUGGAGAGGAACUAUCGGUACGAGGUGCUUACCGAGCACGAUCUCGGAGUUACAAUUGACUUGAUCAAUCGAGACCUGUAUCAAAUUGAUCACACGGCCCAGCUUGAUCCUGCCGAUGAAAAGCUGCUCGAGGAAGAUAUCCAUACGCCGCAGGACUCGAUGCGUAGCAGUCGCCAUGCGAAGAGUGUCUCCUGGUUGCGAAAAUCGGAGUACAUCUCCACCGAGCAGACCCGUUUCAAUCCGCAAACGAUGGAGAAGGUCGAGGCGAAGGUUGGCUUUAACGUCAAGAAAAGUUUGCGCGAAGAAACGCUGUACAUGGAUCGGGAGGCCCAAAUUAAGGCUAUCGAUAAAACGUUCGAGGAUAACACGAAACCGAUCACGACCCACUACAGCAAACCGGGUGUCACGCCUGUCGAGGUGCUGCCCCUGUUCCCGGAUUUCGCCAACUGGAAGUACCCGUGCGCACAGGUCAUAUUCGAUUCCGAUCCGGCACCGAGCGGCAAGAACGUUCCGGCACAGAUCGAGGAAAUGUCGCAGGCCAUGAUUCGCGGUGUGAUGGACGAGAGUGGCGAACAGUUCGUAGCAUACUUCCUACCAACGGAGGACACACUCGAAAAGCGUCGUCGCGAUCUGGUGAACGAAACGCUAUACGAAGACGAGGAGGAGUACGAGUACAAGAUGGCUCGCGAGUACAACUGGAACGUGAAGAGCAAGGCCUCCAAGGGCUACGAGGAGAACUACUACCUUGUGCUGCGUCCGGACGGUAUCUACUACAACGAGCUGGAAACAAGGGUCCGUUUGAGCAAGCGUCGCCAAAAGAACGCCCAGCAGCAAAGCAAUACGAAGCUUGUCGUGAAGCAUCGACCGUUGAAUGCGUCCGAGCAUCGCAUGCAACGUUAUCGCGAGCGCCAGCUCGAACCACCGGGCGAAGAGGAUGAUGAGGACAUCGAGGAGGAAGAGGAAGAAGAGGAAGACGAAGAGGUUCAAGGAUCCCAGACGCAGGCCGCUGACGGUAAACGAGACGAUGAUGGUAAAGAAAAUCGAGACGAAGAUAGGAGUCGUUCUGGAAGUCGCUCUCGAUCACGCUCCCGUGCAUCGAACCGAUCCCGUUCGUCACGUUCAAGAUCAAGAUCGGGUACAAAAUCUCAGUCCAGAUCCGUUUCGAGAAGUCGCAGUCGAUCAAAGUCGGGAAGCCGCAGUCGCAGCAGGUCGGUGGCAUCUGGAAGCCGCAGUCGCAGUCGUUCUCCGGCAAGAAGCCAGAGUCGCAGCGUGUCACGUUCGCGGUCACGUUCCGGUUCUAAUCGACGAUCCGGUUCCCGUUCGGUAUCACGCUCGCGCUCUCGCUCUCGUUCUCGUUCUCGUUCCGGUUCACGUUCCGGCUCCGGUUCUCGCAGUCGUUCCGGUACCCCUGAUGGUGGUGGUUCCCGAAGUGGUUCGGCCAGCCGAUCGGGCAGCGAGUCAGAAUAACGCGUUGAUUAGUGCAACUUUGAUUCAGCUUUGUAUCCAUUUUAAAUAAUAAAUAUUUGACAUUGAAAUAUGGAA